GGGGGGGCCUCGGUGACGUCAGCGGGCGGAGUAUUAUGGUCUGGGCUGCGCCGGGGCCGCCCCUGCGCUGCGAGCGGCCGCGUAAACAUGGAGCUCUCGGCCGUCGGGGAGCGCGUCUUCGCGGCCGAGGCCCUGCUCAAGCGCCGCAUCCGCAAAGGCCGCAUGGAAUAUCUGGUCAAAUGGAAGGGCUGGUCGCAGAAGUACAGCACUUGGGAACCCGAGGAAAACAUCCUGGAUGCCCGGCUGCUUGCAGCCUUCGAGGAGAGCUUUGGUUCUUUUAACACCUCUAGGGAGCGAGAAAUGGAGCUUUACGGGCCCAAAAAGCGAGGCCCCAAGCCCAAAACCUUCCUGCUAAAGGCCCAGGCAAAAGCCAAAGCCAAAACCUAUGAAUUCCGCAGUGACUCUUCCAGGGGGAUCCGGGUGCCAUAUCCCGGCAGGUCCCCCCAGGAGCUGGGCUCCACGUCCCGGGCUAGGGAAGGACUGAGAAACAUAGCCCUGGCCCCCCAGGGCAGCUCCAGCACCAGCACCCCCAAGGGAGACAGCAUCCGGGACCGGGUGAUCCGCGUGGAGGAGAAACCUGGGGAGACCCCCAAAAAGAGAGGCCCGAAGCCCAGGAAGGAGCUUUACAAGGACCUGGCGGAGACUCUGGAUGCCUCCAAGAGGAAACUGGGGGACCCGGGGGACAAGGUGGGGGACUACCUGAAGGCCAGGAAGAUGGAGGAGGCGGCGACGGGGGCGGCCAAGUUUGGCUCGGGACACAGCGUGAUCCAGCUGGCCCGGCGGCAGGAGCCCGACCUGCCUGGCGCCCUGCCCGGCCCCAACCGCGCCGAGGCGGGCACCGACACCUUCCCCCCGCGCCUGGCCAAGCACCGCGCGGACUUUCUGGACCCCAAGGGGCAGGGGGGGCUGGACCCCGGUGGGCCCAAGCUCCUGCACAGCGCGGUGAGCCCGGGCAGCGUGGGCAGCCUGUACCGCGACGGCGUGGGGGGCCCGGCGGGGCGGCCCUCCCUCAUCGCCAGGAUCCCUGUCUCCAGGAUCCUGGGGGACCCCGAGGAGGAGUCCUGGAGCCCCUCUCUCAACAACCUGGAGAAGGUGGUGGUAACUGAUGUGACCUCUAACUUUUUGACCGUCACCAUCAAGGAGAGCAGCACGGACCAAGGAUUCUUUAAGGAGAAGCGAUGAGUUUGGUGGAGGUGGUGCUGGGGUUUUCUUCAGUCAGAUCCAGACAAAAUCUUGGUUAGAGCUUGGUGGGCCUCUCUUUUUUUUUUAAUUCUUUUUUUUUUCCUUUAAAAUUUUUUUCUUUUGUUUUUUCUUUUGUUUUUGGUCCUGGAGAGAAUUUAGAAACUGUCCUAAAUUCAUUAACUCAUUCUUUUGUUUUUGUUUGGUUUUUUUUUUUUUUCACGUCUUACAUUUCGUUGGAAAGAUUAUCUCUAGAGUUAUAUUUUCUAUUAGAUGUAAAUAUGUUAUUUAAGAAAAAAUGCUUAUAUAUAUCUAUAUAUAUAUAUUUCAACUCUGAGUUGUUUUAUUUAAAUGGAGACAACAGUGACUGCUCAGUUGCUCCUUGAAAGGACAAUAAAACUGAGAACUAACGAGUUCACGCAUCUGCCACAGGAGCCGGUGUACAUAACGGUGUUCAUAGCUAAGUAUGUGCUGGGUUUUUUUAACUAUUAUUUUUCAUAUGAUGCUAUGGAUGGUGGAGGGGGACGUGUUGCUCCCUCGGAGGGCGAAGUGCCCGGAUUUCUUGAUUGUGAUUUAAGGUGUUGCUUGUACAAUCAAGUGUGCUGUGUCCAGAACUGUUGCCCUUGACAGUUGACGUGAGCACUUGAAUUCACAGUGUUGUUGGGGAUGGGGCGUUUCCAGUCUAACAAAAAAAGUAAUGUUGCUACAAAGUCGGGGCGGGGAAAAGCAGAAAUCCAUAAAAAGGCUAAAAGUGUUGGAGUAUUAACUUGAAUUCCCUUUUCUUGCGGAGGAGAGGAGGUCUGUGUGUGUAAGGUUCCUGAGGAGUGAUACUGAAAUGCACUUUAAUAGAGUUGUCGUAGCAGUUGUGGGAGAUGGGACUGAGCUGAGAAUCUGUUUUCAUUUUGUCUGGUCGCUUGAUUCUGUUCCCCCACCCACUCAAAACAAAAAAACCCCAACAAAACCCCCCUCUGUUUACAUUCCUGAAAUGCCAGAGAGGUUGGGGAGGGAGCAUCUCACUGCCCAUAUUUAGUUACUUUAUUCUGCUAUAGAAAGUGGAUUAUUAUUAUUAUUAUUUUUAUUCCCAAUCACAGUUUACUUCAGACUGUUGCAAGACUCCCGAUAAAGUGUUUUGUAAUACCCACAUCCCUGACAAAUCCCAGAGCCACCUUUAUGCAUUCAGAGACAAUAAAUAUUUCCCUUUCCUUAUGCUGGUUAAACAAUAGCCAAGAGGCAAAAUAUUCCCGUGUGGAGCAGCCCUGCCGGCUUGGAUGGAUUUUUUGCUGGAUUUGCCUGUGGGAUUCCUCCUGGAACUGUGAUUCUUCCCCAGCUGGUGCAGGGAGGGUCUCAUGGCCCUGGACGAGGUGCAGCAGUUUCCCUGCUGGUGGGGGGUGCAGCCCCCGCUCUGUUGCUCCCCAGCUCGGCCACAGCGUGGCACAGAGGGGAGAGUGGUACCCUGCCCAGCGUGUGGUUUGGCUGAGGUGGGGCAGGUGACCCUGUCCCGACACCUUGCUCUGGGCAUCAGUCAGAUGGGAAGCACAAACCUGGCAGCGCCUGAGGGCUGAACUGGGCCAGGUUCCCUUUGUUCCUGGGCUCCUGACAGCCCCUGGCUCAGGGGGCUCACAGGGAGUGACCACCAGGGAGUCUGAGAGUGGGGAAGGGGCUGGGCAAGGGGCACCCCUUCACUUUGGGGCGCAUCGGCGGCUCCACCUUGUCCGGUCCCCUUCCCCAUCCUUUCAGGACCCAUGAGGUGCCUGGCAGGAGGAUGCUGGACUGGCUGCGCAAAGGGAGCCCUAGUGUCUGAGAAUUCAGUUUGCUUUUCCUUUUUUCUUUUCUUUCUUUCUUUCUUUUUUUAAGGCAUAUUUUGUAAAAUUGAGAUUUUUAACUUGGUUUGUGCGAAGAGGCAAGGUGCUGCCAGUGCCGACAUGGGACAUGGGUGGUGUUGGAGGAUGAUGAGGGGGUUGAGCUGCCUGUCCUCCCGCUGCCCCCAAAGCCGGAGGAUCCUUCCCUUUGCAGAGCCCGGAGCUGCUCCUGCCCCGUGUCCGUGUGUGUCCCGACACAGCUGGAGCAAACCGUACCUGUGGGUGUAUAUGUGUGUCUGUACAUAGCGACGUGUACCCUGCGUGUGUGCGUGCGGGUGUGUGUGUGUGAAUUAUUUAAAUCUAAGACUUGUACAAAAACGAUUUGGCUAAAUCUCAGUCUCAGAAGUGAAGCUUAACUACGUGUCUUCUGCCAGCCGUGAAUGUCCAUAUGAGACCUGCUUUUUAUGUCAGUUUAAAUAUAUACUUUGUAAAUAGAAA